CAUAUUUUACGUCAUACAAAUUUUUAUUAACGGCUUUUGUGUUCAAACAUGUAUUCCUUAUAUUAGAACCAGUAACCAAGCAGUUUCAAUCUCGUGAUUUAGAUAUUUUACUGGCUACAAACAUUCUUCAGAAUUCAAUACCAAAAUUUAACAAAUUAAGAAAGGAAUUUAAAAAUAUUAAAAACAUGGCUGAUGAAUUUUUGGAAAGUAGUACUAUAUCAUUUGAUCCACUAAAAAUUACAAGAAAAAAAAAAGUUCCUAGAAUGGCAGGUGAAAUGGCAUGUGAUGAACAAGUAAGUGAUCCAUUAAAAAAAUUUGAAGUACAAACAUUCAAUUCUGUUAUUGAUAUAACACUAUCUCAAUUGAAAACUCGUUUCGAUUCAACAAAUAUUGGUGCUUUAAAAGAUAUGUCUCUACUUUCAAGAAGAAGGAUUCAAGAAAUAAAUAGAAAUCCAAAUUCUCUUCCUCAUGACUCUUUUGAAAAGUUGUGUUUGAUGCAUACAAUGAUUGAUAGAGACAUUUUAAUUACUGAAUAUCUACAAUUUUGUAAUAACUUCAUAGAAAUUGAAAGUUCUGUGCUACUCCCUAAAACUCUUCAUGGUUCAUUUAAUAAUUGUGAAGAUCAAAAUGAUGAAGAAUGUAAUAUUGAUAAUGACCAUAAUUUUGAUAUGGAUGAUGAUAAUGAUGACAAUAGAGAGAGCGCCGAACAAGAUAAAACAAAUAUGGCCAGCACACUGCAAACUUUUAAAAUAUUCUGUACAGCUAAUUUAGCUAAUGUAUUUCCAAAUCUAUUUUAUGUUCUAAAACUAAGUGUAACUCUACCAGUUACUAGUUGUAGUGUCGAAAGAAGCUUUUCAAAACUGAAGCUUAUUAAAACAAAAUUAAGAACUUCUAUGAUACAAGAUCGACUUGAACAUUUAAUUAAAAUCAGCUGUGAAAGAGAUAUUCAACCGAACAUCGAAAAUAUAAUUAUUUCUAUGGCAGGUAAAAGCCCUGUGCUAAAUAAAUGUUUAAUAUACUAAACAAAAUUAAGGUUUCUUAUACUAUUAUAUAAUUAUAUAUUUAACAUGUAUAUACUAUUAAGUACCUAAUAUACAGUGGCUCACAAAGAUAUACCAAUUUGCAUUCAAAUAAAAUUGUUUUUUCUGUUAUACCU